AUGCUGAACGUUAUGGAUUUCUCCUGCCCGGAUCCGCUUUACUCCAAGUACGAGGAGAACUGCGAGAUGAAGCCCGGGGAUCUGCAGGGCUUGGGGCAGCCUGAGCAGCAACUUCUGGCAGAGGCUGAUUUCCUGGGGGGUGAGCUGCUGGGCACCCCGAUGAACACUGGGGCUGUGGAUUACUCCCUGCUGGGCAGCCAGCCCUCCCCUUCGCUCAGCUACACCGGCAGCUUCUUCAUCAAGGCGGUUCCAGAGCAUCCCCAGGACCAGGAAUCCCUCUUCAACCUGAUGUCCGGCAUCCUGGGCAUCUCCCCCUUCGCCUCCUCUGAGGGCCACCAAAGGCACCUGGACUCUCUUUACCCCUGUCCUGAGGUGGCUCAGAGCCAGCUGGACCUUUACACCACCUGCCAGCCCGAAAUGAGCGGAUCCACCCAGACGCCCUUCCCGGAGCAGGGCUAUGGCGGCUUCCCCUCGGCGGAGGGUGCUCAGCCUCUCCAGGCACAACCCGCCUUAGGAGACACCUCGCAGUGCUUCUUCCAGCCCAAGCUCCUGGACAGCAAGCAGGACAUCAAGCUGCCCUCUGCUUCCCCACCCUUGGACAAGUUUAAAGCCUCCUGUGCCCAGUGGGAGCCUGUCACCCAGCAUCAGGCCUACUUGCCCACUGGCUACCACUCUCCAGAAGCCUUCCCCACCGCAGAGAGCAGCCAGGGGCUGUUCCACCUGCUGGGCUCCAAGAUGGAGAGCGUCUUGUCCGUCAGCUGCCAGUCAGAGCUUGGCAGCCUGGCAGAGGAUGCUGCCUGCUUCAGCACCCAGCUGGGCUUCAGCUGCGAGCCAGAAAACUUCCCAGCCCGCGGGGACUUCACUGACACCAAGAUCCACAACCUUCCUCCUCCAUUAAUGCCAGAGUUUGACACCUCCUUGGCCCAGCCUGAAGUCCUGCCGGGUCUGAUCAGCUCCACUGAGCUGCUGCAUCCUCACCCCUCACCCUCAGUGCCCCCCACAGACUUUCUGGGCCACUCCACCUCUUCCUCCAUCCCUCCCCUGCUGCCCACCAACCCUCCUGCCCUGGCUGAGCCCAAGAAGAAGACCCGAAGGACCAAGUGCUCUUCCAAAUGCUUCUGCCCGAAGCCCCACGAGAAGGCUUUUGCCUGCCCGGUGGAGAACUGCAUCCGGAGCUUCGCCCGUUCGGACGAGCUCAACAGGCACCUGCGCAUCCACACCGGCCACAAACCCUUCCAGUGCCGCAUCUGCCUGCGGAACUUCAGCCGCAGCGACCACCUCACCACCCACAUCCGCACGCACACCGGCGAGAAGCCCUUCUCCUGCGACACCUGCGGCCGCCGCUUCGCCAGGAGCGACGAGAAGAAGCGGCACAGCAAGGUCCACCUGAAGCAGAAGGCCCGGACGGAGGAGAAGCUCAAAGGUUUGGGGUUCUUCUCGGUAGGGCUCUCCUUCGGGACACUGUGAAGCUCCCAACAGGAGCGCCGGGAGAUGGCGUUUCCCGAGGUCCCUCGAGCGUCUCAUGGGAGAGCCGGGGUGGGAACAGCUUCCUGGGGUAGCCCUGGAGAAGGUGACAGCAGCUUGGGCCGUGCUGGGGAGGAGAAGGGUACGUGGGAGGCAGAGGUGAUGCCGUGGCACCGGACCGUUGGCUGCGGAGUGGGAUGUGGCAGCUCCAGCCACCGAGAGCCAUCUCCGGACUGCUGGGACUGAGCCAUUUGUUACAGCUCCCCGUCCAAGAAGGGGAAAGGAAAAACCCACACAGAGAAAGAAGCCACCACCGAGGUGGGGUUUUUAUAUAGCCAAACAUACGGACGUCCUGAGUUUGCAGCUACCUGACAGAGAUGUCCUCCCUCACACCAUGCUUCCAGCUGGUUGUUUACUGGCCAGAAGGGCCAGGGGCUGGGGCUGCACCGGUUCCUUCUCCGGAGGGGGAGAGAAGCCACGGGGCAGCCCUUUGGAGAGGUGAUGUCCUUAUUGUUGUUAUUAUUUUCCUGUUUGUAAAAAGAGAAAGAAUCUAUUCAGGAAAAAAA